AUGUUCUGUUUUCUUGCUGGAGUUGCAUCGGGAGUGUACUUGUACAAGAAUUACGAUGUCGAUCGCAUGAUUGCCGAUCUCAAACCCAAAUUUGCCUCCGAUCAUAAAGACAGUGUGUGGCAACGAAUGAAGAGUUUCGAACAAAAGUAUCGAAAGGAAAAUGUUCUUUCAUCAUCAUCAACAACGAACACAACCACCUCUACAACCAGUACUACUUCGAGUAGUAAUGACUCUUCGUCCAAAUAA